GCUGUCAAAUUCGCUUGCGAGUUUUUCUCGCUUAUCAGUUCGCGGAACGCUCCGAGAAAACAAAAUUUACUGGAUUAAUUGAAAAAGGAUUGAGUGCAGUCUACCGAAUGUUGAAUUACUGUAAAGCGUUGAAUUCGUAGACGUUUUAGUGGCUUUGGGGACAUAGUCCUCUCUACGGUGUCUGCUACCGGAAGCCGGGUCACCGACAGAAAUGGCAAAGCUCGUGCAGUAUAUCAUCGUGAACGGGGAAAUUGCUAAAACCUGGCCAAAGGGUGCACUAAUUGCGCAGUGUUGUCAUGCGGUCGCUGCUGUGAACCACCUCUUCUCGGACACGGAAACAGCAGAGUAUUUUAGAGAUCUGGACAACAUGCAUAAAGUGGUCCUUGAGGCCCCAACCGCGAGUAAGCUUGUUGACCUGGGCGAAUUGCUGCAGCAAAAUGAUAUUAAGCAUAAAGUAUGGAUCGAACAGCCCGAAAACCUGCCCACUUGCAUCGCUCUGAAGCCGUACCCGAAGGAUGAGGUCCAGAAAUAUGUGAAGAAAUUUAAACUACUUAGCUGAGAAGUUUUGUUAAUUUCUUCUGUUUCCUACCAAUAAACCGGGGUUUUUUCAUCGUAACCAUAAUAAAAUAUACUAAUGGUGAUGAAUUGUUAA